CAGUGUUCCGUCCACCACCGUCGACGUAGGACUUACGGCCGUGCUCGUCCUCCUCCUCCACCUCUUGAGUAUUCCUGGCGGGCAGCGAUGGGCAAGCAAAAGAAACGCAACGCCUUCUUCUACUUCAUGGUGGCCAAGAAACCCGAGGUGGAGAAGCGGCUCAAGAGAAAAGUGGAGAUGUCCGAGAUGGCCAAGCUGGUGACGGCGGAGUGGCAGGCACUCCCAGAGGAACAGUGGAAGAAGUACCAGCUGAUGACCGGAGAAAGCAGGGAGAGGCUGGACUGCCGAGGGGUGCCGCUGCGGUGCCUGGACGAGGCGGCCCAAGAGAAAAAGCACCAGGCCGAGGAGAUGAAGAGAGACAUUGCCGAUUUGGUGGACAUGUACCGGAUGGGCAAUGCGCUGCACCAGGCCAGCUUCAUCUUAGUCAGCACAAGCUAUUAUGCCCACACUGACCACGGCCACUAUGUCCCCGCUGAGCUGAGUCUGCUGCGCUUCAGCCUAAGGAACGGAAUCAUGAAGGAGUUUCACUGUAUUGUUGCACCCAUCAUCCCCCUCUCCUAUGCUGCCUCGGCAAGGAAGCACUCGCUGGAGACUCACAAACUGCUGAGUGACUCGGAGGGCUAUGGGAACAGCCUUGAGGAAACUGCUAAGAAUCUGAAGCAGUUUUUGUCCAAGGACUGGGAUGAGGACGUCCCUGUCUACACCCUGCACCGCAACAUGGAACAAGCCCAGCAGAUGUUGAAGACUGUGACAGGUGCAAACGUCAAGAUCUUCUCCCUGGACCUGCUCUACCGGUUGAUCUACUCUGCGGCAAUGAGUGACAUCCCCCUGUCUGUGGCCACUGACAUGCUGGAAGAGUGUGGCCUUGACUACUUCCCUAACAUAGCCUGCUCGGUGCACAACACCGCGCUGAAGGACGGGGCUCGCUUCUGCACCCUGUCGCAUGUGCGGCGCUGGGUCUACUUCAUGUGUCAGAACCUGGACCUCAAGAAGCUGUUUGGGGUGGAGCCUCAGAAGGGGAAGCACUACCCGGUUGACGAGCUGUGGGUGGGCACGUCCGACAGCCUCUCCAGUUUGACUCUUGAGGACUCGGACAAAGCCUGCGGUGCUGUUGGCUCAGACCCGUGGGUGCCGAUGGACGGGAAAGGUCAGGCCUUGACAACAAAACCAUGGGAGGAGGAAGACUUUCCCUCGCUUGGCUUUGAGCAGGCCAAGAAAGGGAGUGCUCGUGGGGGUAAGAAGAAGCUCUCACACCGUACCCUAGAGAUGGACUAAGGGUGCUGGCCUGCUGCUGCCGAUGCCAUUAGGGGAGUCUAAACCCUUGUACCCCCCUCAAGAUAAGCCAAGAUUGAUUUUCCUGUUGGCAUGAAAGAUUUGCAGAGGCCUCGGCUGUACCUUAAGCCAGAACAGUUUUGGUUUGUUUUAAGUUUUAUCAAGUAUUUAAUUUCCCUUCAUGUUCUUGUAAGGCAAAAAGUAAAAAUGUGUUGGCUGCUGUGAAGAUGAAAAUGAAGGCAGAUGGUUGA